GUAAGCGGGGGCGUGUGCGCGGGGCGGUGCCGCGCCGAGCCGGGCCGGGCCGGGCCAGCGCCGGGCGCCCUGCGACGGGUAGGGGCGGGCCGGGACCAGCCGGGCUGAGGAGGGCGGUGAAGCGCGGAGCCGAGCGAGCCGGCGGGGUGUGCGGGCGGCCCCGCCGGUGAUGCGCUCCCCGCGGGAGCUGCCGGGCCCGGCGCCGGUGUGAGGAGCGUCGGCGCCGGUGUGGCCGGCGGGACGGCGUCGCUGCGGCCAUGCCGUGCACCUGCGGGAACUGGCGGCGAUGGAUCCGGCCGCUGGUGGUGCUGCUGUACAUCGUGGGGCUGCUGGUGGUGGUGCCGCUCUGCGUCUGGGAGCUGCAGAAGCUGGAGGUUGGAAUUCAUACCAAGGCAUGGUUUAUCGCUGGGAUAUUCCUACUAAUGACUAUACCAAUAUCUCUCUGGGGAAUACUACAACACUUAGUCCAUUAUACUCAACCUGAAUUACAGAAACCAAUAAUAAGGAUUCUAUGGAUGGUGCCGAUUUACAGUUUAGACAGUUGGAUAGCUUUGAAAUACCCCAACAUUGCAAUAUAUGUGGAUACAUGUCGAGAAUGCUAUGAAGCUUAUGUCAUCUAUAAUUUUAUGGUUUUUCUUUCAAAUUAUCUAACCAACCGGUAUCCAAACCUCGUAUUAAUAAUAGAAGCGAAAGAUCAGCAGAGACAUCUGCCGCCUCUGUGUUGUUGUCCGUCGUGGGCUAUGGGAGAAGUUUUAUUAUUUAGAUGUAAACUGGGUGUUUUGCAGUACACUGUUGUCAGACCGUUUACUACCAUUAUUGCUUUAAUUUGUGAGCUAGUGGGAGUGUAUGAUGAAGGAAACUUCAGCUUCAACAAUGCUUGGACUUACUUGGUUAUACUUAACAACAUGUCACAGCUAGGCACGUUGCACAUGAACUACUGCAAGAAGAGUGAGCAGCAGCUCUGGCUCCUUGCUGCUCAGCCUUCCAGCCUCCAAGCUUCUUCUCUUGGCACCAGCAGCAGGAAUCAGAACAGCAUGACAUUCCAGCCAAAAAGGGUGUCCUCCUCCUACUGCCAUCAUCAGUUUGCUAUGUAUUGUCUGGUGCUGUUUUAUAAAGUACUACGUGAAGAACUGAACCCUAUCCAACCUGUUGGCAAGUUCCUUUGUGUGAAGAUGGUUGUGUUUGUUUCUUUCUGGCAAGCUGUGCUUAUUGCAUUGUUGGUGAAAGUUGGUGUUAUUUCUGAGAAACACACCUGGGAAUGGCAAAGUGUGGAAGCUGUGGCUACAGGCCUACAGGAUUUUAUAAUUUGUGUUGAGAUGUUCCUGGCUGCUAUUGCGCAUCACUACAGUUUUUCCUAUAAACCUUAUGUUCAAGAAGCUGAAGAAGGGUCAUGCUUUGACUCUUUUCUUGCCAUGUGGGAUAUUUCUGAUAUAAGGGCAGAUAUAUCAGAACAGGUUCGAAAUGUCGGAAGGACGGUUUUGGGCCAGCCAAGGAAAAUGUUUUUUGCUGAGGAUCAUGAACAAAACGAGCAUACAAGUUUACUGUCUUCAUCUACUCAAGACCCAAUUUCUGAUGCUGCUUCAAUGCCAUCUUCACCCAUGGGUCAUUAUCAGGGGUUUGGACAUACUGUGACACCUCUCACGACACCGACAACAGCCCCUGCAGUUGACGGUAUUUAUAACACUUCUGCUACUCGAGAUGCUGAGGAAUCACCUGAACUAGAGCACAAUUUAUCAGAGAAAGCUUUGGAUAAAAGUUAGACUCACCUUUUCUUUGAAUGCAUCGAGGAGUCUGUUAUAUACUUGCCACACAUGUUCUGUUAACAUCUACUAUUAGUGAUGAAAGUUGGAAAGCUUGGAAAAGCUACUACGCAGACAGGAAGAGGAUAUGCUGUAACUGACAUCUGAAUCCUGAAUCUAUAAUGGCUGUGAGUAUGAGUACCCCAGUAAUAUAAAAGACGCACAUUGUAAAAGUUUCUGCAUAAAUUUAAGAAUCAACUCAAACUGCUAAACACUUAUACAUCAUGUCAAAGUUACACUGACUUUUAUUAAUACAAAAGAAACAUUUGGAAAAAAUACUCUGCUCUUGUAAAGAUGAAGUGGAAGUACUACUAGCAAUGGGAAAACUUAAUUUCAAGAAUGUAAUUUAAGGACGGCAGCUGCAAAAAGUGUUUGUGUUGGCUUUGGUUGUCGUCUUAACGAUGGUAACUUCCACACCCCAAUGCUGAAUGGAGUGUGGACAAAACAGUAACUUCUGUACAGAUGCCAUCUUCUUCCUUCUCCUGCAUAGCUAAAUAAAACCCCUUCAUGAAGAUAAUUAUUACAGAGUGUCAGUAAAGAAUCUAUACAAAGAAAGCAUUCCCUACAGGCCUCGCUAUAAAUUCCAUGCCCAGAACAUACGGUUGGCAUAUCUGUUGUCCUUGUAGCUCAUAAUUUGUAGGUCUUUUACAUUCAGAAGAGACAGCCAGGAUGAUAGGUUUUGGAUUAAUACCUUAUACUUGACUACUUUUUCCCUAUCCUUUUAAAAUAAGAAUAAUGAUUACUACCUUAAAAUACAUAGAGGUGGGGAAUAAAGGAUGUCAAAAAGGAAGCAGAAAACAAAACUGAUUUCUUUAUUUUGGGCUGCAAUAAAUUCUUUAACACUUUUUUUUAAGCUGUUAAAGCAAGGUAUCUUGAUAAUGUGUCUGUAGUAAUUUGUAUUCAUAAAUUUGUGUGUGUGUGUGAUUAUUGUAUUAUGCUUCUAGUGUAGCCUGGAUUCAAAUGUAAUAGUUGAUUAUUUUUUUUCCGCCCCUACCACUCCAAAAAGGAUCUUUGCUAAGGUAAAACUAGCAGCUAGUCUAACACCAGAGUUACUAGCAUUAGAUUUCAGACCAAGAAGUACACUUGUAUCAAAAUGUUAUUUUGCAAAACCUGACAAAAUCAGAGGGGUAUUGUUUUUAUCCCGUUACCAGAUUUUUUACUACUAUUGCAUGUUUGCAAUUUGACAAAAAACAAGAGCACUGACCUUUUAAGUGACAUCUGAAGUUUCUUUUUCAGCAUUGUUAGCAUUUACAGGAUAAAUGUUUAACUUCUGGCUGUCACAGUAAAUGAAUCUUAAGUGCUUUUUUUUUUUUUUUUGCAGUACUAGUGUGAUGUAAAUAUUGCGCCUUACUCACUAGGCUGCAGAUUUUAUAGCUGACAAUUUGCUGUAUCUGAAGUUAGUGGGAAAGUGCAAAUCAUAAUUUUCAAUUUGCCAACUCAUUGCCUUUGUUGUAAAUAAGCGAUUAAAGAUUUUAUUUAAACUGUUCACCUUCUUUCAAUUUGAUUUACUGCUACAGUAAUUUGAGUGUGAAUGACACAUGAAUACAACUGUCCCCUUCAUGGAGCAGGGCCAUCUGCAGUGUAACUAGUACAAGAGUUUGUGCUUUCAGUAUUUUAAGGCUUGUACUGAAAAGAGAAUUCUUGUGGGAACUUAUGAAGAAUCAGACUCUAUUUAUUUAUGCUUGAUUCCAGGUAUCUCUUUAUCCAUGUAAUAGCUGUGUUCUACAAGGAAACAACUUGUAAAAGCUCACAAUACCUGGGGACUUUAGUGCCCACUGUAGCCACUAUUAGGAAUAAUCUGAUUUCCUGCAUGUGUACAGGUAAAAACGGGCAUUAGUAGAAAUAAUACCUGAAGGAUGAGAGCUGCUGGAAGCUGAGUAGCUACUGUGCUCUAGCUUUUCAAAAACCUCACACUGAAGAGUUUUAGGGUUUUUUAUUACUUGAAGCUAUGUCUGUUUGGUGUAAAACUUAGGUGAGGUACGAGAGGAGACUUCGAUAGGGAAACAGUUAAGUCUCUUGGUUGCUUCUUUCACAGCAUUUCUGGAAAGCUAAGUUGUUUUAUUAUUACUUAAUUAUUUCAUUCCAUUUGCACAGUAUUCCUGCAUUUUUUUUUUGCUGGGAGAAAAGUUAUUUUUUCAUUGCAGUAGCUUACAGGAUCAUACCUUUCCAUUAAAGAUUGCUACUGAAUUUCUGAAAUAGAAACCUUUUGAUGACACCUACCCUGUCUUUUGAAAACUACUACAACGGUGUUCUACAGCAUGACCUAACAAGUUUAUAUAUAUAAAGUUCAUUUACAGAUAGUCCUUCAUCUUUGUAUUAACCAUAUCUGUUCCACUUUUUUUAUGCCUAAUUUUCUCCCAGCUUUUAAUCAGAAGUCUUAAAGACUGCUCUUGCCUUAACACACUGCUUGAAAACUCAUAAUGGUCAUUUUCAGCCCUUUACUUAGUCUCAUUGAGUAAGGGUACAGUAUGUCCUUAAUUUUUCUUUAACUUAUUUUGCUAUCUUACUAAUUGCUAAAAAAGUUUUAUAAAUAUACCUAACCACUAUUAUUUGAUGGUUUUGCUCUUAUCAGAGAUCAUCUACCCUGAGAAGCCACUUCUCUGUAACACUGCACUUUGAAAAUAUCCUGCAUCUACUAGGUUUAGUUGUAUCAGACAGUAACCUAGAUUUUAUGGAUCAUAGUUUUGUUUUGUGAUUUCUUU